AUGAUGAGCUGGCCAAGACGUGGUCGCCAGCGAGGCUCGGACGGAGGGCCGCUGCCCAUCACGACGGUUGGCUGGAGCCGCGUGUGCUUGCUGCGCGGUCUUCCCCCUCUGCUCAGCAUGGUGCUGUUGCAGGUGAUCUCGCCACGACCAUCGUGCAGGAUCUCUACAUCCGAGACUCCGCCCAUGGGAAUGAGUCCGUUGCCAACGAGGCUUCGGAUGAUUCGCGGUCCUCCCGUACUGCUGACGGUGUGGCCGCUGUGCCUGGCUGCCGAGCUGUUCUUGCUCAUGGAGUUGGCUUUGCUCAUGGUGGUACUCUUGUUCAUGGUGCUUUUCCUCGUGCGGCCGUCCGUCAUCGUGAUGCCGUUCCCGAUUGCGCAGUUUGAGAGGACGUGCUAUCUGACCUGA